CCAGUUAUUCCUCCAGCCCGGAUUUCAGGUCCCUCGGAUGCGGAUGAUGCUGUGGCUCACGGAGGACACGCUCCUGACUGGGAAGAGGCUGCGCUUGUGUUCAUAGAGCAUUUCGUUUACACACACCCCAGGAACGUCUCUCAUCUCUCAGUAUCGUUUCCAGCUUGUUUCUGUCGGCUGGUGGUUUGGCCCCGGGGCCACCUGAAGGAGCCGUCAGGGACCCGCUCUCCUUCACUUCCAUCGCCUCUCUGCCAACAUGAUGAGAGUUUUGGGGAGGACCGAGAUUUCAACCUCGACUUUGUUGCUGGUGGUAACUCUUGUCAUGGUCAUUUGUCUCCUGUACGAUUACAAUGACAACCAAAUCAGUCACCUCCAAAAAGCGGUGAUGGAAGAUGACAACCAAACAAUGUCACCCGCCCAAAAUGCGUCCCAUCCAACCUCCUGGCCACCGUGUGAGCCAAACAUGGCUGCUGCUGACAUCAGGGACUUCAGCUCACUUCCAAAAACCUUGCAAGAUUUUCUCUACUUUCAACACUGUCAACAGUUUCCCAUGCUGCUAGACGUCCCUGACAAAUGUGGAGGAGCUGAAGCAUCAGAUGGAGUCUUCCUUUUACUGGUUAUUAAAAGCUCCCCGGGAAACUAUGAAAACCGAGAAGUUCUGCGCAAAACCUGGGCUAAAGAGAGGUUGCACAAUGGCGCGUUGAUCCGAAGGCUCUUCAUCACAGGAACAGAGCAGACUGGUUUUGAGAAAGCGAGACAGAACCAACUCCUCCAACUGGAGCAAAGUGAGUAUGGCGACAUUCUACAGUGGGACUUCACGGACUCUUUCUACAACCUGACCCUGAAGCAGGUACUCUUCCUGCAAUGGAUAGACAGAAACUGUCCCCAUGUUCGCUUCCUGCUGAACGGGGAUGAUGACGUCUUUGCCAACACAGGCAAAAUGGUUGAGUAUCUCCAAGGCCUUGACGGCAAUGAUGGUGACAAGCACCUCUUUAGUGGCAAUGUGAUCUAUAAUUCCAGCCCCAUUAGAUCGCCCAGUAGUAAGUAUUUUAUUCCCAUGCAGGUGCAAGCAUCAAAUUCAUAUCCACCCUACUGUAGUGGUGGGGGCUUCCUCCUCUCUGGCUACACAGCUAUGGUCAUAUACAAAAUGUCCACGGCAGUCCCCCUUCUUCCCAUUGAUGAUGUUUACAUAGGGAUGUGCCUGGCCAAAGCAGGACUUCAUCCUGCUUAUCAUAUGGGUAUCUUAACAAAUGGAUUGUACAUUCCCUCAAAAAAAAUUGAUAAAUAUGACCCUUGCAUUUAUAGAGACUUUCUACUCGUUCACAGAUUUCUUCCAGCUCAAAUAUAUCUCAUGUGGCACAGAGUAAAUUACUCUAAUCUGAAGUGCUCCAGCUUUACCAAGCAUUAACAAUGAACACUCAGUGGUUAAAAAUCUGUAAAAUCUAAGGUAAUCCAGUCCAACAAUAACAGUUCUGCCGUCGAUUCUACAUUCACAAAGCUCGAUACGUCCAUUACUGUGGUUGUGUUGCUUAUAGUGUUGUAGUGGACUGCAUCUCAUUGAAAGGUUUCGCAAUAUUACGGCAUUCUUGCAUCAAGUGAGGAACAAAAAUUUUUUUUUUACAUUGUAAAACACCAAUUAUCUAGUUUAUAAUUAGAUAACACAGUCAAAUUUUUACCGGGAAACGAUAAAAAAAUGGAGAAAAAAAAGUUGCUGGUAUUGCAAUGAAAUCAUGACAUUGGUUAUAGCAUAAUAAUAGCAAUAAUAGAAUGUGUCAUUCUUGUCAUCCAUUAAAGCUUUAGUUGGUGAGAUUCACAACAUUGGCAUAUUUAAACUGUGUGUGUGUGUGUUUGGGUGUGCGUUUGUGUGCAUGUGUGUGUGUGUGUGUGUGUGUCUGUGUGUGUAUUCUGUUCAAUUGACAUUCAUUUUAAUGGGACAGUGGGCCCUACUUUAGAUCAAAUCAACGCUCACAAUAUGUGUGAUAUUUUUUUAAUGAUUCAUACAAACAUGUACAAUUUACGAGUGAUGUUCAUUGUCAUUAUGAACGUACUUUUACGAUCUGUCAAGAAAAGGUGACUGCAUGUGUUUGUCAUCCACCCUGUCAACAGUGUGUCACUUCUGUCACACACGAGUCCCCGCAGGGUUGAUUCUCCACACAGUUGACAAAAAACAACACUCGGUAGUGUCUUUGUUAAUUUUUCAUCCAAAUUAAUUGCAUCAUUAUUUUGUUACAUUGUAUUUGAUUAACUAUUUUUGAUGACACAGACCACACAUUAAUUUCUCCCCUUUAUCUCACAAGGGAUGCAAUGGUGCAACUUUAUUCAUACCUGUAUGCUGAAUGAUUCUUUUGGGGUUUCUUUAACCGUUAUAUUGUGGAAUGUAGUUUCAUGUUGUUUUGUUUAUUAAUGAGUUUUACUUUGUGAGUUUAUAUACACAAUUUUCUUUAUUUUCCUCUUUUGAUAAUUGGUUGGCUAGGAUUGGGGUAAUGUAUUUCCCUUGGUUUGAUGGAUGAUUAAAUUGAACUUUGGGCUUCAUCUACUCACUGA